UGGUGGACUGCGUUUGACUGCCACCUAAUGGUGCAAACACCACAUAACAGCACGAUGUGGAGUUGACAUGUCCUGACCGCUAGCUGAAGUACUAUGAAGAGAAAAGGCUUUAUUUAAUUACGAAACGUAUGGUCUUGUCGAGACCUUCGGAGCUUGAGCUGAACAAUAACUUAAGAUGUUUACAUGAAGAUAGCAGGCGGUUGUCGCUUUCUUUUUACUGACUGACUGGCCUGACUUGUGGAGCAGGGCUGCCUUAUUAGCCAGUCAAGAUGGACACCGCUGAGGAAGCGGACAUCUGUCGGGUAUGUAGGUCGGAGGGUAGUCAGGACAAGCCCCUCUUCCACCCCUGUGUCUGUACUGGCAGCAUCAAGUUUAUCCAUCAAGAAUGGUACGUCCAGUGGGUUGAACACAGCAGAAAAGAAUACUGUGAAUUAUGCACCAGGUUUGCAUUUACACCAAUUUACUCUCCAGACAUGCCAUCCCGCUUGCCUGUCCAGGACAUCUUUGCAGGGCUGGUCACCAGUAUCGGAACAGCCAUCAGAUACUGGUUCCAUUAUACACUGGUGGCCUUUGCCUGGCUAGGGGUGGUGCCUCUGACAGCAUGUCGUAUCUACAAGUGUUUAUUUACCGGCUCUGUGAGCUCUCUCCUUACGCUGCCAUUAGAUAUGCUUUCAACGCAAAACCUGCUUGCUGACUGCCUCCAGGGCUGUUUUGUGGUCACUUGCACGCUGUGCGCCUUCAUCAGCCUGGUGUGGCUUAGAGAGCAAAUAGUCCACGGUGGCGCUCCUCAGUGGUUAGAGCAGAAUCAACCGCCUCUGGUUCCUAACCAGCAGAACGGCCCUGCAGCAGCUAAUGAGGUUCCUGGUGCUAACGCUGGCGUCAACGCAGAGGCUGCCGCAGAAGCCCCGGCCCCUGCAAACCCCGCCCCAGACGGGCUGCCUCCCGCCGACCCACCUGAAGCUGGCAGAGAUGAAGCCGAACUUGACGACGAGGAUGAGGACGAUGAUGGGGAGGAAGACGAAGAGGAGGACGAUGAGGAAGGCAGGGAGGAGAACGCUGCUGAUGCCAAUAACGGAGGACAAGAAGAUUUGAACUGGAAUGCCCUGGAGUGGGACCGCGCAGCAGAGGAGCUGACCUGGGAGAGGAUGCUUGGGCUGGAUGGCUCUUUAGUUUUUUUGGAGCAUGUGUUCUGGGUGGUGUCUCUCAACACCCUCGUCAUCCUCGUCUUUGGUUGAGACUUUCUUUUUUGCCCGUAUCACAUUGGCCAUUUCUCCGUGGUUGGACUGGGCUUUGAAGAUUAUAUCAAAGCUUCACACUUCGAUGGACUCGUCACCACCAUACUGGGGUACAUCCUCCUGGCUGGAAAUCUCAUACUCUUCCAUGCGUUUGCUUCAUUAGUAAGGUUCCAGCGAUGCAGACGUCUCGUGGGUGUCUUCUACAUCGUCGUCAAGGUUUCCUUGCUGGUUGUCAUGGAGAUAGGCUUGUUCCCGCUGAUUUGUGGCUGGUGGCUCGACAUUUGCUCACUG